AUGGCUGAUCUACCGACAUACGAAGGCGGCUGCGCCUGUGGUGCCGUUCGCUACAAGGUCAUCGACCGACCAGUCCGAACACAUGCUUGCCACUGCCGCUGGUGUCAGCGAGAAACCGGGUCUGCCUUCGCCAUAAAUUCCAUGUAUGAGACCGACAAUGUCAAGACGACAUCUGAAACAAAGCCAGAAGUUGUCGAGGUUCCCACCGCCACAGGCCAAAUCCAGUGGAUUACUCGCUGCCCUCGAUGCAAGAUCGCUAUCUGGAGCCAGUAUGCCCUGCAUGCGGGCAAGGCUGUUCGGAUCAUCCGGGCAGGUACCUUCGACAAUCCUGACCUGUUCCCGCCCGAGCAUCACAUCUAUACGUCGACCAUGCAGCCAUGGUUGAUUCUGGACGAAAGUACACCACAGGCAGAGGAGUUCUACGAUAGAGCGCGUUUCUGGUCGCAGAGAAGCCUUGAUCGGCUCGAGAAAGCAUUACAGAGGGCAGAGGAGCCCCAGGGGGGCCAGUGA